GUCCACCGAGGACCUCAUGUUUACAGCGCGUGCGUGGCAGCGCUGAAGGGCUGUAAUGGCGGAGAGCGGGGAGAAGAGGAAACUCCCACUUGUCCCAGAGAACCUACUAAAGAAGAGAAAGGCUUACCAGGCCAUAAAAGCCACACAAGCCAAGCAAGCUUUACAGGACAAGAGAAAGCUUCAGAAGGGGAAGCAGAUUCGGUUUAAACGAGUUGAGAAUUUUAUAAGAGACUCCAAGCGGAAGUACCACGAUGAAGUGCGGUUUGUUCGAAUGGCAAAAAAACCGGGUCAGACUGAAGUGCCCGUGGGACAGAAGUUGGUGUUUGCAGUGCGGCUCAGACCGAUUCAUGGGGUCAGUCCAAAGGUGCGGAAAAUUGUUCAGAUGUUGAGGCUUCGCAAACUCUACAGUGGGACCUUUGUCAAAUUGAACAAGACAUCAUUGAAAAUGCUGAAAAUGGUGGAGCCCUACGUUGCCUGGGGGUUUCCCAAUUUGAAAUCCACCCGUGAACUGAUCCUGAAACGGGGCCAAGCAAGAGUCAACAAGAAGCGCGUAGCUCUAACUGACAACAUGAUUAUUGAGCAGCAUCUGGGAAAAUGGGGAAUGAUCUGCCUUGAGGACCUGAUACAUGAAAUCUACUGUGUGGGAAAAUUCUUCAAGGAGGCCAGCAACUUCCUCUGGCCCUUCAGGCUGUCAGUAGCUCGACAUGCAGCAAGGAACAAAGUGGGAUUUCUCAAUGAUUUCGGAGAGACAGGGAACCGUGGAGAAGGAAUCAACAAACUUAUUCGGCAACUCAAUUAAAGGUCCCAUGUGAAUAAAUGACCUGGUAUCGGAUUUAUUUAUCUAUACUAUGUAUAGGAAACGUAACAGACUUGUAUUCAGCUUUGAACUGUUACUACCUUAGUAAUAUUGGAAUAGAAGAUCAUCAGACGACACCCUGCCACUCACUCACUGUAUCUCAAGACCUAUGUGCGGACGGGUGGGGUGGGGGUUAGUAGUUGUUGUGACCUGUAUCCUUGGUGAGCAAGCAACCAUAUCGGAGCUGAAGAAUUUACAAUCUGUGGAACUGUUGGAAUUUUGAUUAUCUGAAAUUUUCAUCAAAACUGUUAAUGGACUUGAAUUCAAUUAAAUAUCAGUUUGGUGUUUGAUAAAAUCUGAUAUUCGUUCCCAAAUAAAUGGAGGUUGGCAAUCUCAA